UCCAGGCCGGCCUUUUGGGUUUCCAGUCGUUGUUUCAGACCGGACGCAUUUUCAUUGCGACACAGCCGUCAUGGACGGUGAAUCCAAGCGAGUUUUGGAAUAUUUGACUGAAGUGGAGGUAGCAGCUGAAGAUGUUCUCACGACAAAACAGCAAAUAGUGGACCUUGACACAAAGAGAAACAGGAACAGAGAGGCACUGAACGCACUGAAAAAUGAAGUGUCAGAUUCAGAGAAAGUGAAGGUUUGUUUUGGAAGCGUGUUUAUCAAAUUUCCCAAGUUGAAGAUGACGGAGAUGAUUCAGAAAGACCAAAAGCAGCUGGACAUGGAAAUAAAUGACCUGCGCAAAGGACUGAAAGCAAAAGUCAAUCGUCUCAAUGAGAUGCAAGGAAAACCUGAGCUGAGAGGCUACAAUCUUUCUCCUCUCUCCUCUGAUGAAAUCAAAGCUAUUAGCGGCCUUUUGAAAAAGUGACAUCAUAUCUGCCAUCUCCUGAAUUUUCUAAGGCAAAAAUUGUUGACAGAAUUGCAAGGAUCCCCAUCUGCAACUCAAACAUGCUUACCUCUGGAUGAUCUGAUGACACAAAGUUAGCCUCCUGGACGAUCAACAGUGUGAAUGUAAAUUACAUCCUGCCUUUCAUUAAUGUUUUCAACAUUUUUUAAACAUUACAUAAAAAUAUAUCUAUGUUGUAUCUUUGUGCAUAUUUAAUGUGUUAUUUUGGAACAACUUAAAGUAUUUUUGUAUUCUCUUAUAGAGCUCUUUAAUUUUCCACAAAUUUAUUCCCACA